CUCACCAUGGCCAAUGAGAAACCCAAGGAAGGAGUCAAGACUGAGAACAACGAUCAUAUUAAUUUGAAGGUGGCGGGACAGGAUGGUUCUGUGGUGCAGUUUAAGAUUAAGAGGCAAACACCACUUAGUAAACUAAUGAAAGCCUAUUGUGAACGGCAGGGUUUGUCCAUGAGGCAGAUCAGAUUCACACCAGCAUAGCUGGAAAUGGAGGAUGAGGAUACAAUGAUUGAUGUGUUCCAGCAGCAGGCUGGAGGUGUCUACUAA